AAUUCUCAUUUCAUAGGCCAAGGAUCUUACUCCAAAGAGACCAUCAUCAAAGAGGGUCUUUCAAGUUUAUGGUUGUGUUGUUACCUGUCAAGAUAUGGUGGAACAUAAGGAUCCGUUGAAAUCAUUUGAUAAGGUUGAAUACUAUGCACAUCCAGAGAACUACAAGCCUGUUUUCCAUGAAAAAUUAGCCCCUUAUGCAUCUGUUAUAGUAAAUUGUAUGUAUUGGGAGAGAAGAUACCCUCGAUUGUUAACCACCCAGCAGUUUCAAGAUUUGGAAAGGAAUGGAUCUCAACUUGUUGGAAUUUGUGAUAUAAGCUGUGAUAUAGAAGGGUCAAUUGAGUUUGUCAAGCAAACCACAUCUAUUGACUCACCUUUCUUCAGAUAUGAUCCCAUCAAUAAUACAUACCAUCAUGAUAUGGAGGGCAAUGGAAUAAUAUGUUCAGCUGUGGACAUUCUUCCAACUGAGUUUGCAAAAGAGGCUUCGCAGCACUUUGGGGACAUUUUAUCACAAUUUGUUCGAAGCUUAGCCUCUGUAGAAUGUCUUGAUGAAUUACCUGCACCCUUAAGGAGAGCUUGCAUAGUUCAUCUCGGGAAUCUAAGUCCAUUGUAUGAUUAUAUUCCUAGAAUGCGGAACUCCAAUCUUGAAGAUUCUUCAGACACUCUUAACUGCUUGCCAUCCAAUAAGAAACGAUACACCACGUUGGUUCCUUUGAGUGGCCAUCUGUUUGAUCAGUUUCUUAUUAAUGAGGCUUUGGAUAUCAUUGAAGAGGCAGGUGGCUCCUUCCAUUUGGUGAAGUGUCAAGUGGGUCAAAGUACAGAGUUAUUAUCGUACUCAGAAGUUGAAGUUGGGGCAGAUGAUAAAGCAGUUUUAGAUAGAAUACUUGAUUCUUUGAGUUCAAUAGCUGAUUCAGGUGAACGUCUUGGAUCUCACUACAAGGAGAGGAAUGUGUUAUCUUUGAAGGCCGGAAAAGUCCUUGAAACCAGUUUAGCGAGGGAACAUGAUGCAAACAACAAAUACAAGGUCUUGAUUUUAGGUGCUGGUCGUGUUUGUAUACCAGCUGUGGAGUUCUUAGCAUCAUUAGGUGGUAUUUCGGCUCAAGAACAGCUAAAAUCAUGCAUCUCUAAUGACUUUGAAGAACAAAACUGUAUUGAAGUCAUUGUUGCCUCUUUAUACUUGAAGGACUCUAAUGAGGUUACAGAGAGUAUUCCAAAUGCGAAAGCAGUUCAGCUUGAUAUUUCAAAUCGUGAAAAUUUACAUAACUACAUUUCAAAGGCAGAUGUUGUUGUCAGCUUACUGCCUCCGAGUUGUCAUUCUACUGUUGCAACUGCUUGCAUUGAGCUGAAAAGAAACCUUGUCACCAGCAGCUAUGUUGAUGAUUCUAUGUCAAGGCUAAGUGAAGAUGCAAAAAGUGCCGGUGUAACCAUUCUUAGUGAAAUGGGGUUGGAUCCAGGAAUAGAUCAUAUGAUGGCAAUGAAGAUUAUCAACCAAGCACAUGUGAGGAAUGGAAAGAUCAGGUCAUUUGUUUCUUACUGUGGUGGUCUUCCAUCCCCAGCUGCUGCAAACAACCCGUUAGCUUAUAAGUUCAGUUGGAGCCCAGCAGGGGCAUUAAGAUCUGGGUGCAAUCCAGCUACCUACAGAUUUCAAGGAGAAGUUGUAGAAGUUAAAGGUCAAGACCUAUAUGAUUCAGCUUCGAAGCUUCGCAUUCCAAAUUUUCCAGCAUUUGCAUUCGAGUGUCUCCCAAAUCGCAACUCGUUAGUUUAUGGGGACUUAUACGGGAUUGGAGAAGAAGCAUCGACAGUGUUUCGAGGAACCCUUCGUUAUGAAGGUUUUAGUGAAACAAUGGGGACACUUGCAAAGCUGGGAUUUUUCAAUACAGAAACCUUAUUCACUCUUGGAAAUGGAAAGAAAACUACAUAUGCACAAUUUCUGCUUCAACUCCUCAGAAUUGACGAUGAGAAAUUAUAUGCAUCAUCUAUUGGAGAGAAAGACAUACUAGAUCAGAUUAUGGUACUAGUGGGACAUGCUAAAGCUAAAGACGCAGCAGCAAGCACAGCCAGAACUAUCCUAUUUCUGGGAUUUCACGAGCCAGCAGAAAUCCCAUUUUCCUGCAAAUCUGCAUUUGAUGUGACUUGCUCACUAAUGGAGGAGAGGUUAACAUACUCAGAGAGAGAACAGGACAUGGUGUUUUUGCACCAUGAAGUGGUGGUAGAUUUGCCAGACGGGCAAACUGAAACCCAUGAAGCCACUCUUUUGGAAUUUGGAAGAACUGAUAGUAAUGGGAAAACGACCUCCGCAAUGGCUCUUUCAGUUGGGAUUCCCGCAGCCAUUGGGGCCUUGUUGUUGCUCUCAAACAAGAUUAGAUCAACUGGUGUGAUAAGGCCAACUGAUGCAGAUGUUUAUGUUCCAGCGUUGGAUAUUCUGCAGGCUUAUGGUUUAAAGCUGGUGGAGAAGAUACAUGACAGUAGCUUUGAUCCCUCUAAUGUUGUGUAGUUCGGUAAGACUAAAUAAAUCUAAGGAAUAUUUCACUGUUAGGUUAGUAUAUAAAUAAAUACAAACACAGUAAUUAUCUCUAGUGCAUGUGUAUACAAUAAUAAUAUGAAUAUGAGAAAAUAUAGGAAAAGAGUAACGACAGAGACAAAAAAGGUUGAAGGAACAAUUUGAGUAUCAAUAAUCAAUGAAUUAAACUACUUCUACAUCUAUACGACUAAACUACUUCUCCAUCAAAAAUUGUAUCUCAAAUUGUACAACACAAGCGUGUACAUUUAUUUUAUGCCAGUGUGAUGAUUUACAAAAGUACGAGAAGCUAGUGUAUAAUUAUUCGAUCGCACAAACAUUUUGUUUAAAUAUAAACUAUCAAAGUGUUAGUACAUACAUUAAGUUUAUAUCUUGAGAUACGCUCCUUGGUGUACUUGAUAAUCAAAGGAGUUGUUCUAU